AUGCAAAUGAAACUGAGAAAGAAGAAAAUCUUGUUAUUUAUAGACAACUGUUCGGCCCACAAGGACAUCCCGAAGUUGACCCAUAUUAAUCUCCAGUUCUUGCCGUGUAAUACAACAUCAAAACUUCAGCCCAUGGAUCAAGGGAUAAUACAGAAUUUCAAAACACUCUACAGACGGGAAGUGGUUAGACAAUACCUGAACGACAUGGAUCACCAAACUUCAACUAACAUCAACCUUCUCGACGCCAUGUGGAUGGUGAUGAAAGCAUGGAAUAAUGUUUCUCAACAAACAAUUGCAAAUUGUUUCAAAAAAAGUGGUUUCAAACUCAGUGUGCAAGAGGAAGCCACGGAUGAAGAGGAGUUGGAUAACCCGUUACCCACACAGCCUGGUUUGAAUGUCGAAGCCUCCUGGCCAAGAAUUCAAGAAGCAUUGGAUAUCAACAUCGAGUUUGAGGAAUUUGCAAACUUUGAUGAAGAUGUUGCAGUAUGUGGGGAGCUUACUGAUUAUGAAAUCAUCUCCAAAGUAACCGCAGAUCCGGAGGCAGAUGAUGACGGUGAAGGCGAGGAAGAAGAAGACGUCCAAGCUGAUGCAGCUGUUGCCGAUCGACUGGACCCUACUUCAGAAGAUGCUCGUGAAGCUCUGAACGUGUUGAAGUGUUUCUUUUUAAAGAAGAGUGCUGUAUCCGAAAAUACUAUGGAAUCCAUCACCAAGCUAGACUGUGCAUUGGACCAACUAUCACCCACUGUAUACAGUGAUGAACCCAGAAUAACAUUCCGUGCCCACAAAAAUGGAUACGCGUUCCGCGAGUGUUCCGUACCGCACAAAAAUGGAUACGCGUUUCGGGAGUGCGUUUAA